AUGACAUGUGAGCUUAACCAUGUGCUCCGUUCCGUGUGUCUUCUGAAAACACCCAACAGCAGCAGCAGCGGCACUAGGGUUUCGCAGACCAGGGAAUACCCUUUUCCAAUUUCCACCCAGGAACCAAAGCACCGUGCGGACCUCUCUCCUCUUCCUUCCCUUCCCCGCUCGCCUCGCUCUCUGCACCGAGAGAUGACUGGAUCCCUCUCCACAUCUGGAGGUUUUAUGGGAUGUAAUGAUGACCAACCCCAUUCCUCGAAUGCGGACUCAGUUGCCGUCAUACCUGCUUUCGCUGCCAUCACCAUGCCUCGUAACCGGGCGUUCUCGGAGCCGGAGUACUCUGCGGAGUAUUCGGCCGACUGCUCCGUCACACUGCCCUCAGACCCGGGCCAGGCGGUGGGGCGCACUCAUGAGGUCACGGUGCGCAGCUCCGGCUGCUGCCUGUGCCUGCCACGCUUUAUGCGCCUCACAUUUGCCCCUGAAUCUUUGGAGAACCUCUACCAAACCUACUUCAGGCGGCAGAGGCAUGAAACGCUGCUGGUUUUGGUGGUUUUUGCCGCACUCUUUGACAGCUACGUGAUCGUAAUGUGUGCUGUGGUGUACACGAGUGACAAGCUGGCGUCCGUGGUGGUGGCAUCGCUGGGACUGGCCGCAGAUGUCGUCCUGUACUUACUAUGUCGGUUCGGGCUGCUCCCGGAUAGAGUGUCCCGUCGCGUGGUGCCCUAUGCCCUCUGGGUACUCAUUGCGGCGCAGAUUUUUUGUUAUUUGGGGUUGAACUAUGCCAGAUUUCACCAGGCCAGUGACACGGUGGGAUGGCAAGCAUUUUUCAGCUUUUCCUUUUUCCUGACACUGCCGCUAAGACUGACCCCAAUUGUGCUGAUCACUACGGUGUCUUGUGGGGUCCAUACUCUGGUGUUGGGAGUCACGAUCGCACAGCAGCAACAAGAGGAAAUACAGGGGGACUCGCUGGGACGACAGCUGUUGGCAAAUGUGGUGAUCUACAUGUGUUCCAUUACUGUGGGGAUCAUGUCGUAUUACAUGGCCGACCGCAAACACAGGAAGGCCUUUUUGGAGGCGCGACAGUCACUGGAGGUCAAACUCAACCUGGAGGAGCAGAGCCAGCAGCAGGAGCGCCUCCUGCUGUCGAUUCUGCCAAAGCACAUCGCUGACGAGAUGCUACAGGACAUGAAGAAGGAGCAGAGCCAGAAGGAGAUGCAGCAGUUCAACACUAUGUACAUGUACAGGCACGAGAAUGUCAGUAUUUUAUUCGCAGACAUUGUGGGCUUCACUCAGCUCUCCUCGUCCUGCAGCGCUCAUGAGCUCGUCAAACUUCUAAAUGAACUUUUCGCUCGUUUUGAUAAACUGGCUGCAAAAUACCACCAGCUGAGAAUUAAGAUAUUGGGCGACUGUUACUACUGCAUCUGUGGACUUCCAGACUACAGGGAGGACCAUGCGGCCUGCUCCAUUAUGAUGGGACUAGCCAUGGUGGAAGCCAUUUCGUAUGUGAGGGAGAAGACUCAGACGGACGUGGACAUGCGUGUGGGGGUGCAUAGUGGGACAGUGCUGGGGGGGGUUCUGGGGCAGAAGCGCUGGCAGUAUGAUGUCUGGUCCACUGAUGUCACUGUGGCCAACAAGAUGGAGGCCGGAGGGAUCCCUGGGCGUGUGCACAUUUCCCAGAGUACGAUGGAGUGUCUUCAUGGAGAAUUUGACGUGGAGCCCGGGAACGGUGGCGAUCGCUGUGACUAUCUUCGAGAGCGCGGCAUCGACACCUACCUGGUGGUGGUGCCCAAGGGCCCAGUAGGAAAAAACGGCAUCAAUGGAGUUAAGCUGUCUGUGACCUCGUCCAAUGGGAACUCUCCUUUGCUCAUUAAUACCACAGAAUGUAAUGGCAACAUGACCACUGGAUGUGCCACUCCAGAGGAGCCGGACGAGCUUGACGCAAGGGUGGUAAACCCAUCCUUCCCAAACCCACGGCGAAGGCUGCGUCUGAGGGACUUGGCAGAGCGGGUGAUCGAUGCACAGGAAAACGAACAGGAGCUGAACAAACUACUGAAUGAGGCUCUGCUGGAGAGAGAGACUGUGCAGGCUUUAAAGGGGAAGCGUACAAACAGUCUGUCUCUGCGGUUUGUGGACCCAGAGUUAGAGACACGUUACUCUGUGGAGAAGGAAAAGCAGAGUGGGGCUGCUUUCUGCUGUUCCUGUGCCGUCCUGCUCUUCACUGCAGCCAUGGAGGCUCUCAUAGACCCACGGUUGAUUGCAAAUUACAUCACAUUUGCGGUGGGAGAAGUUCUGCUGCUGAUCCUGACUAUCUGCUCACUGGCAGCCAUCUUUCCUAGGGUUUUCCCAAAGAAGCUGGUGUCCUUUUCCACAUGGAUCGACCACACACGCUGGGCCAGAAACACCUGGGCCAUGGCAGCCAUCUUUAUCCUCACUAUGGCUGACAUUGUGGACAUGUUGAGCUGUUUUCCCCGUGUGUCAGACCCUUCCUCUGGGCCCGGUCAAGGGGGUUGUGCAGAGAACCCAAAGUAUUACAGUUACAUUGCGGCUCUCGCCCUCAUGGCCACCACCAUGCUGGUGCAGGUCAGCCACAUGGUCAAACUCACACUCAUGCUGCUCAUCACCGUAGCUACUGGCAUCGUCAACAUCUACAGUUGGAGAGACAUCUUCGACCGCUAUGACCGGAUGGUUUGA